AUGGAGAAAUUACAACUGUACGAUUUCAUUGGGUCUACAUUGUACAUAAAUUUGGGCAACGAUAGGAUCUUAAGAGGUACUUUGAUGGCUGUAGAUGCCCAAUUAAAUCUGUUACUGGAUCACGUGCGCGAGCGAAAUGGUGGUCAAUCUGAAAGACUGAUGGGGCUCGUUAGUGUGCCUGAACAGACCGUGAAAUCCAUCAAGAUAACCGAGCAGUCGUUGAAUCAUAUCUGCCAACUGAAGCAGGAUCUAUUGAGGCAGAUCGUAUAA